AUGUCUCUACCACGAAUUCUCCUAACCCUCAUCGUGAAAACAAUCCGUUUCCUCGCCAAUACCUUCGCGCCCAUCAUUCUCCGCUACAUUUAUCGCACACCUCCCCACCCUGCGACCUACACCCUCCGUAUCCACACUACACUUCUCCCCGCCUCUCCCGGAAACCUCACUCUCCACAUAUACCAACCCCACGGCCAUCAAAUCUCAAAAACCGAUCCCCUGCCAUGUAUUCUCAAUUUUCACGGCGGAGGUUUUGUGAUCGGGAAUCCCACGGAUGAUUCGCUUUGGUGUCAUACUGUCUCGACAUUACAAAAUUGCAUUGUGAUAUCUGCAUCAUAUCGAUUGGCUCCCGAAUAUCCCUUUCCCACAGGACCUUAUGAUGCAUGUGAUGCCCUUCUUUAUGUAUUUUCUCAUGCUGAAGAAUUGGGUAUUGAUGCCGAAAACAUUGUAUUGAGCGGAUUUAGUGCUGGAGGAAGUUUAUGUUUUGGUAUUCCUUUAUUGUUGGAAGAUUUGAAGGACAGAGGGGUCGUGAAGGAUAGAAACUGGAAUGUCAAGGGUAUCAUGGCAUGGUAUCCAGGAUUCGAUAGCACGAUAUCUCGUUCUGAAAGAAAUGAGGAUGAAGGAUCCAAGUCUUUCAUUGCCAUCUUGGCUCACGAGUAUUUUUGA